AUAUGAUAACGAAAGAAAUAUUUGAAAUAUAAAUGAGUUUACAUAAUUAAAUAACACUUUCAUAUUUUAUGAUAUUGCAUAUAUUCAAUAUAAGCAAAUGACACAUGCAUAUUGUAGAAAUAAAUAUUUAAAAGCAAAGAUUAAAAUCUUUCUUUUUAUAAUUCAUUGUUGAAUGAUAUCUCUAUCAAAUUAUAUAGCCGAGACAGUGGCGAUGUCGAUUAAUCGACCUUAACAUUUAGAAUGAAAAAUUACGAGGUAUCUAAAAUGUUGCGAAGUAUAAUUUAUUGUUGGAAAGUGCUUAAACAAUAUCUAAGUCAUUGCAGUAUCCAUGGUGUUAAAUAUCUUGUUUCUGAAAAUAGUUUAUAUAUCGAACGGUAAAAUAAUUAUAAAUAAUUAUUAUAAGUAAUUUAUAAUAAUAACAUUUUCUUUUGUACUUUGAAGAUUUUUCUGGUUGUUCUUUUGUGUACUGAGUUGGUGGGGUUGUACUGUAAUGAUCAAGAAUAGUAUCUACGAAUAUAUUGAAAACCCUGUUGAUGUUACAACAGAAACAUUAUAUAUAAAUUGGGAAAUUCCAUUUCCUUCAAUUGCAAUUUGCAUUAAGCAUUCUAACGAAUUAAGAAACAAAUACAAUAUGAAACAGUACGCUCAUAAAAAAAUAAUUUUAAUAAUAUAUUAUAAUAAUAUUAGUUUUUUGUUAAAUAUUCAUCAUGCUUUUGUUUUCAUAAUUAUCAUUUUAUAUAGAUUACCAUCAAAAUUGGAAUUUUCAUCAUCUGAGAAAAUAGACGAUAUUACUGCUGAGGAAUUAUUGAAAGGCUAUCAAUCAUUGCAGAUACAAUGUAAAGAUAUAUUUGCUAAUUGCAGCUGGAACAAUAUACAAUUUGAUUGUUGCAAUGAAUUCAAACCAUUGAAUAAAACCGGCGCUGGUUAUUGUUACGUGGUUAAUUCUCGACAUAUCAAACCAUACAAUUCAAAUAUUAAAUUUUGGAUUAAUCGUACUACUGAAAAUGGAAAUCUUGUGAUUGAUCUUAUAGUAAAUAAAAAAUCAAGUAGUUAUAUCCCUCGAUUUGUUAACGCAUAUAUAUUGGAUAAUUUACAAUUACCAAAUAUAGCUACUUUGGGUGAACAUAUAAUUCCGUCAAUAAGAAAAGGACAAUCUACUCGAGUUGAAUUUUUAAUGAUACCUAUUUUUAAUGAACAAUUAGUAUCAUAUUUUUCAAUGGAACAAAGAAAUUGUCGAUUUAGUCAUGAAACUGAUAAAAACAGUAUAUUCGAAUUUUAUAGUAGCGAUACCUGUGCUAUCGAGAUCUAUAUACAAAAAAUGAUUGAGUAUUGUGGCUGUGUAAGUUUUUAUUAUCCUGUUCCUGCCAACGCAAGAUUCUGUAAUUUAACGGAAUUACAAUGUUUGUCUGAAAAUAAAAAAGAUAUUUUAUUGCUAACAACUAUAAAAGAAAGAUGUUAUCCUCAAUGUGAAGAAAAUACUAUGAGCAUAUACCAUAGCAUGCCCAUUCAGUUCAAUCAUAUAGAUGAUGAUGUAGCAAGAAUGGAUUUCAUGUCAGUAUCUCGCCCCUUCUUACAAUAUCGUCGAUACGUCGUAUACAGUCUUUUAGAUUUGAUAGUUGCAGUAGGAAGUACUCUUGGAUUAUUUAUGGGUGCCAGUAUUCUCAGCUUCUUUGAAAUACCUUAUUGGCUUUGUCUUCGUCGUGAUCAAAUCAUAUGAAUAUGAUUGAUUUAUUUCGAAUUUAAAGUAUCAGAUAACCAAGAAAAUUCGUGCCAUUUUAAUUAAUAAAAAUAGAUAAUAUGCAAACAAUGGCAAAAUAUGGAAAUGCCACGAAUUUUCUCGAUUAUCUGUUAUAAGCAUCUUUUUCUAUAAAUAAACUCAAAUUAAACCAAUACAAUAUAACACAAUUUUAGUUUAAUCAUAACUUUUAUCAAUAACUUGGUAUAGUUAAGAUCAAUAAAUCAUUGUUAAUAAAAAACAUGAGUACUGCAAUUAUUAAAAAAAAAAAAAAAAAAAAAAA